GGCGCCUCCUAAGGAAAACGCCCCCUGUUUGUUUUUUCUAUGCGCAACUCUAUAUAUCAGAGCUCAUAUCCACAAAUUACGAUCAAUUCAAACAUCAAUCGAUUCAAUCGAGUUUCAGUGAGAGAGAGAGAGAGAUAAAUUACGAAUUUACGAUUUCAAACAGAGAUGAGUUCGGCCAGCAGAGCUUGGAUCGUGGCUGCGAGCGUUGGAGCAGUGGAGGUACUGAAAGAUCAAGGCAUCUGUAGAUGGAAUUAUGUCUUGAGAUCGCUACAUCAGCACAGCAAGGGUAAUAUGAGAUCCUUCUCACAGGCUAAAAAGGCUUCUUCUUCUUCUCCGGCCACUUCUUCGAUGGUGAAAACGGCUAAGAAGAUCGGUGACGAGAAAUUGAAGCAAUCGGAGGAGUCUCUCAGGAAAGUUAUGUACCUCAGCUGUUGGGGUCCUAACUGAUUUUUCUUCUUCUUUCGAUCAGGGAUUCUUUAAAGGCCGUGACUGAGAGAUCAUAAACCUUUGUAGAUAUGCAGGUCCCGAUGAGUAAAAAGAUUCCAUAUCCAAAUCAGAACUGUUCCAGAAUUGUAAAUACAAAUAUUAUUUGUGAAAUGAGAUGAAAUAUAAGCUUAUUUUUUAAUUGUUAAA